AUGUUUUAAGUGGAAGCAUUAAUUGUUGUAAUUAUAUUAGUGAGCUAUAUUCUUACAGCACAUAUUAUUGCUGUAAAAAGAAUCAAGUUCCUUCAUGAAUCAGUCGUUGCAAUAUUGAUGGGUAUUGUUACUGCUCUCUUCAUUAAAUAUGUAUAUAUGAUAAUGUGAAUAUAGAUUUUUAAUGAGGAUGUUCAUUUCGAUUCAGAAUUAUUCUUUAAUUUUUUAUUGCCUCCUAUCAUUUUUGCAGCAGGAUACAAUUUGCAUAGAAACCAUUUUUUCGAUAAUUUUUGGCUUAUUUCAUAUCAUGGAAUAAUAUGCACAAUCCUAACAUUUGUUAUACUGAGUGCUUUUGCUUUGUUUAUGAAUGAAACAAGUUUAGUGUAAUAGAAAAUGGGAUAAGAUGAGAUUCUCCUAUUGACAGCUACUUUAUGUGCAACUGUAAUCGUGUUAAAAAUAUUACUCUUUAGGACACAGUUGCUGCCCUCACAUUAAUUAAAGAAAAAGAAUAUCCAAUACUUAAUUCAGUCUUGUUUGGUGAGGGGAUAUUUAAUGAUGCUGUAUCGAUACUAAUAUUUCGGUCGGUUAAGAAAUAUUUAUCAGAAGAUGGAGGAUUUUCAAAUUUAUCAAUGACAAUCUCUUUACGUCUAUGUGUUGAUUUCAUAUAUUUAUUGAUGAUGUCUUUAAUUGUAGGUGUAUUAGUAGGUGCUUUAUCAUCAUUAUUAUUUAAAUAUUGCGAUUCCUUAAUUAAUCAUCCUGUUAAAGAGACUUCUUUAAUAUUAUUAUUGGGUUAUGCAUCAUAUUUAGUAUCUGAGUCUUUACAUUUAAGUGGUAUAUUGAGUUUAUUUUGUUGUGGAAUAAUAAUGGCUGUAUAUACAUAUCCAAAUAUUUCAGAAGAAGCACAACAUGGUACAUAAUUAGCAUUUGAUACAAUUGGAUAUUUAGUUGAAGCUUUUGUAUUUGCGUAUUUAGGAAUUACAACAUUAUAAGUAGAUUACAAUUAAAUUCCUUGGAGUUUUUCAUUAUUAUUGCUAUUAUCUGUAAUUUUAGCCAGAUUUGUUACAGUUUUUGUAUUACCAUGCUGUUACUUUCUGAUGAAUAAACAAUUUAAAUUAAAUACUUAAGAAUUAUUUGUAGUUUGGUAUUCUGGUCUAAUUAGAGGUGUAAUAGCAUUUGCACUUUGUAUUACAAUUAAAACAGCUAAUAGUGAAAUAAUAUAAGGAUGUGUUUUAGUGAUAGUCUUAAUUACAACUAUAUUUGGUUCAAUUUUAUUGGAUAGUUUUAUUAAUCUUAUUGGAAUGAAGAGAGCUGAUCCUGAAUUGAAUUAAAUAAAUGAAUUUAUGUUGAGUUAAACAAGUGAAACAGACACAAGUGUUUCAUAUUAUAAAAGUAUAGGAGAAUAAAAAUCUAAAUUAAAAAAAGGAUUAUGGGGAGGAAUAGAAUAGAAUUUUGUUAGACCAAUAUUUUAAAAGCCUAAAACUAAUUAGGUUUCAGAAAUUAGUAUGCAUGCAAUGUGA